AGUAAUGUUUUUAAUUGUUUUACAGGUGCAAUUGUUAUGGAGAAACCAAACAUCCAAUGGAGUGACGUCGCUGGUUUAGAAGGAGCCAAGGAGGCACUGAAAGAAGCCGUUAUUCUUCCAAUCAAAUUCCCAUACCCAAAGAGAACUCCAUGGAGAGGGAUCUUGCUCUUUGGACCUCCAGGCACAGGCAAGUCCUAUCUGGCUAAAGCUGUUGCCACGGAGGCAAACAACUCAACGUUCUUCUCCAUCUCCUCGUCUGACCUCGUCUCUAAAUGGCUCGGAGAGAGUGAAAAAUUGGUGAAGAAUCUUUUUACCCUUGCGAGGGAACACAAGCCUUCCAUCAUCUUCAUCGAUGAGAUUGACUCGCUGUGUGGAUCAAGAAGCGAGAACGAGAGUGAGGCCACUCGGCGUAUUAAGACAGAAUUCCUGGUUCAGAUGCAGGGUGUGGGGAAUAACAAUGGAGUGCUGGUACUCGGGGCAACAAACAUCCCGUGGACCCUAGACUCAGCCAUCAGAAGAAGAUUUGAGAAAAGGAUCUACAUCCCGCUGCCUGAAGAGCACGCCCGCUCUUUCAUGUUCAAGCUCCACCUGGGAUCGACUCCCAGCAGCCUCAGUGAUUCUGACUUUGUCACUCUGGGCAAGAAGACAGAAGGAUACUCUGGAGCAGACAUAAGUGUCAUCGUCAGAGAUGCUCUAAUGCAGCCAGUUCGAAAGGUCCAGUCAGCAACCCACUUCAAGCGG